AUCGAAGAGACUCCCUCUACAGAGAAAAGCAUCAAUCUGUUCCACUGUCUGAAUGAACUGAAUGAUCAUGCUCUAGUGGAGAAGAUCCAACAGUUCCUGAGUUCAGGAAGUAUCCACAGAUAUAAACUCUCUCCUGCACUGUGGUCAGCUCUGGUCUUCAUCUUACUGUCAUCAGAAAAAGAUCUGGACGUGUUUGACCUGAAGAAAUACAAUUACUGUGCUUCAGAUGAAGAACUUCUGAGGCUGCUGCCAGUGGUCAAAGCCUCCAAGAAAGCUCUAAUGAGUGGCUGUAACCUCUCAGAGAGAAGCUGUGAAGCUCUGUCCUCAGUUCUCAGCUCCCAGUCCUCCAGUCUGAGAGAGCUGGACCUGAGUAACAACAACCUGCAGGAUUCAGGAGUAAUGCUACUGUAUGGCGGACUGGAGAAUCCACACUGUUCACUGGAAACCCUGAGACUGAGUGGCUGUAACCUCACAGAGAGAAGCUGUGAAGCUCUGUCCUCAGUUUUCAACUCCAAGUCCUCUAGUCUGAGAGAGCUGGACCUGAGUAACAACACCUCCAGGAUUCAGGAGUGAAGCUGCUGUAUGCUG